AUGCAAGAGACAGGGAACUCUCAAAGUCCUCAUCUUCAUUAUCCCUUCGAGCACGUCCCAUCGCCAGAUCGCUCUGUUUUGACCCACUAUCAUCACACGAUAAGGGAUGGUAUCAGAGACAAGCAUGAUUUCCGAGGCCUUGGUAUUGUUGACGACCUGACGGUAGUAUUGUCCAGAUGGGGUUGGUCAACGUCGCAGGAUUGUAAAGGUCGUUCCCAGUCGGGAGCAAACAUCUCAAAUCAAGGGCUUACAAGGCUGACAACUGCCUCAAGCUCAACGGAUAAGCGUUCUGAUCGAGAUGAUUCGGCCCAGGCCCAGAGGAUCCCCACAGCGACCACCCAAUCAGAGCAGACAUCAUUCACAGGAGACUAUGGGGUAUUCACCAAAGUCCUCUAUUACAACAAUGCCAGCACCGUGCAACUUUUCGAAAAGAAAGAACCAGCUUCCCAGCCAAUAUUAUCGCCGACACGACUCCGGAAAGGGUCCAUGCUGACGAAAUUAAAGCAUGCUUCUAUGCCGAAGCCAAUAAUUAGGGAACUCUAUGCAGUCAGAGUAUUUCACCAUACCAAAGCCAACUUGAGCUGGGUGCCUAAUCUUCCACACAACGGAAGUAAAUGGCCUCCCCUAUCUAAUCCAAAUGUUGUCUCCCUCAUCGAUAUUCUUUACAAUAAGCAAGGAAAUAUUUGUCUUGUCAUGCCCUACUAUAGUGGUGGGAACUUGCACGACUUUCUGCAACAAGAAGCGAGGGCCAAAGACAACCUGUCCCUCGAGGAAAUCAACUGCUUAGAUGUCCAGAUAUUGCGUGCAAUAGGCUUUUUACACGAAGAGGGGAUUGCCUAUGGGGACUUGAGGCCAGAACAUAUACUCCUCACGGCCCGAGGUGCGGUGAAGGUGGGAGGCUUUGGAGAGGAUGAAGAUGCAGUGCGAGAAUUAGUCACAUUCUCCCGUCGUAAAGAUUCUACCACUCCUCAGUCGGGACUCAGCUUUGGAAAAUCCCGAAAAUCUAACUCUAAGUUGCUCCUGUGUGUACGAAGAAGUGUGUCGGAGUUGAGUACUCCUUAUCUACCUCCGGAAAGGUUUUCCGGUCGCCGUGACUCUGUUCGUCAAGGCUAUACCCACCAAAGUAUUUACGAUGUUAAGGCAGGUGACAUAUGGGCAUGUGGUAUGAUCUACAUGAUCCUACAGUCUGGCCGACUUCCGUGGCACACCACCAGAACAGUGGAUCCUGACAAAUCAUAUACUGAAUAUCUCCAUUGCCGUUUGAAGCAAGAUGGAUAUGGCCCUAUACAGGCUCUGGAAAAUAACUGUCGGAAUGUUAUUUAUGCCAUGUUACAUCCUGACCCGGGUCUAAGGAUUACAGUAGAAGAGAUUUUGAGCUCCGAAUGGGUCCUGGGAACUGCUGUUUGCGAGGUUGGGGAGAAGGGGUUGUAA